ACCCCUCAAUCUCACCACGCGCACAUUAGACUCCCAUCGCGAGUCGAUCGGGCCUUUUGGGCGGUGCGACCGAGGAAACACAGAUCUCAGCUUUGUGCCACUCAGAUUUCUCGAGUCGAUACAGAUCUAGUUUCAGCGGAAUAUCACUCGUUAUAUAACGGCAGGUCCUCCCGACUCGCUCAACUAUGAUGAUACGACCAUGUCAGCCUUUAUACUGCUGAAUGGCUUUCCAGGUGUUGGCAAGCUGACUAUAGCAAAGGAACUUGCUGCGCUCUUACCCGACGCCAGAGUCUUCAGCAAUCAUCUCUUGAUUGACACCGCCGCUGCGCUGUACAACAGAGAUGAAGCCUUCUACCGACCACUGCGAAAGGAACUGCGCCGAACCAUAUUGGAUUCUCUGGCCUCAGGCCUCAAGGGCACGUCGUCGAACCGGAUCAUCAUCUUUACAGAAUGCCAGACAAUCAACGCGGAAGGCAGUGCGACCAUGCAAGAAUACCUGAUAGCCAGUCGGAAGAUCGGUUGUCAAUUCUUUUCUCUCGUCUUGCAUUGUCCGACUGAGACCAACGUCGAGCGGUUGACUUCUCGAGCGGCGUCGGUCUCAAGUACGACCAAACUGGUUGAUCCGGUAAUCUUGCGGGAGAUACUCCUUGGAGAGCCAAUCUAUCAUUAUGGUUCUGAGGCGGAUUGGGAGCUCGAUGUGAAUGUUGGGAGCAGGACAGCGAAGGAUCUUGCGCAGCAACUCGCCGCGGAUAUCACCCUAGCACUUGUCGAAAAGCGACGGUCUCGGACUUGAAUCGCCCCGAGAUUUGUGUUCUGGAGACUCUGAUGCAAGUGGAGCCUGUCUCGACUCGACCACAUGUCUGACCCUGGUCCCCACAAGCUGCAUCAACAAUGUGUGGACCGCAGGCUCUAUCCGUCGAAAGUCAUCGAGCAUUCUGCUCCUUACAGAGACCACCACUGAUACCAUACACCCCGACGCUA